AUGGCGGGCAUACCCAACAUGAACGUGAUGGGCGGGCCUGUCGGCAACCCAAUGGGGACGCCAAUCAACAUGAUUAACAACGGCGCCAUCGGACCCCAACCUGGGCCUCCGAGUCAGAUGCAGCUCAACGACUCGAGCCGGACCCUUCUCAACACAUAUAUCUACGAAUACUUUAUCCGCUAUAACAUGUUCGGCGCCGCUCGUGCCGUCUACGAAGCCGAUCCCCAGAUUAAGGUUAUGAAGGACAGCCCGGGGAAGCAUCGUGACGAGAAUGGAAACAUGCUGGGGAACGGACUUGGCGAUGCUAUGGACACCGACGUCAAGGACGCCGUAGACCAGAAGCGCCCGGACGACUUGCCGGCACCGAAUGUGCCGACCCCUGCGACUGACAGUUGUUUUCUACACGAAUGGUUCUGUCUGUUCUGGGACAUGUUCAACUCACAGAAGGGCAAAGGAUCUAGCGGACAGGUUAACCAAUAUGUCCACCACACACAGCAACAAUCUCACAUGCGACAGCACCAGCAACAAAAUAUGCUUCGCCAAAUGCGCCCUGAUCUGAUGCCGCAGCAACAGCAGCAGUACCAUCAAAUGAUGCGGGGAAUGCCGAACGGCGCCAUGAACAUGGGAAUGAAGCCCGGAAAUCAGUUGCAGAGAGCUGCCAUGGCGAAUAACCAGAAUCCCCAAGCCAUGCAGAUGCUUCACCAGCAAAAGACCGCCGGUCAGAUGCAGCGAGACCCUUCGGACAUGGACGGGAAUCGUGCCAGACAGGGAUCUCCGGGAUCGGCCGACAACGCGCCAUCGCCCACUAAAAGACCGCGCCUCGAAGGAGGUGCCCCCUUCAACCCCAACCAGGGGGGUAUGAUGCCUAACGGAAGACCCGGCCAAGGCAUGCCUGGCCAGCAACAGGUAGGAAGCGGCCCCGACUUAGCACGAGCACUACUCUUUCAGAACGGCAUCAACCCAACUUGGCUGAAUCCUGACCAGCUCCAGGCCUUUGCCUCUGCACCUCCUCACGUACAAGCCAAGAUUGCCACGUACUCGGCUAACAUGUCGCAGCACCAUGGCAGCCAGAUACCCAACAAACCCAUGCCCAAUGCCGUCGGUCCGCAGGGUCAGGGCUCCCCCAUGGUGCCGCAAGGCCCCGACGGUAACUCUCUCAUGCAGCUUUACCCAGGUGGUGAGAUGCCCGGCAAUAUGAGGCCCGGCGCACCCAACGGACAGGCCGCCGCGGGCAGUAGCAACCACGCCUUGCAGGAUUAUCAGAUGCAGUUGAUGCUGCUGGAGCAGCAGAACAAGAAGAGGCUGAUGAUGGCUCGUCAAGAGCAGGAUAUAGGCGGCUCGCCCCCCGGUGGGCGCAGCGGUGCCUCCCCGAACCCUGCCGAACAAAUGAAGCGCGCAAACCAGCAGAUGGCCAACGCUGCCAACAUGGGAUCGCCGCUCCCCGACGGUGGAGCCCAGUCGCGCAGCUCACCCAACGCCAUGAACUUCAUGGGUGGCAACAUGGAUCCUAACGCCGCACAACACUUCGGCGGCAUGAACAUGAACAUGGCGGCCCAGAUCAACGGCGGCGCAAUGCGACCUCCGAGCUCGCACCCCCCCUUCAAUGGCCAGGUAGGCCAGCAGCAGAUGCUGGCAGCCCAGCGGCAGGCGCAACAACCGGGCGCCCAGGGAGCUCCGAUGCCGUGGCCGCAGGGAGGUCCCAAUGGCCAGAUGCCGGGGCAGCCUCCGCAGCCCCAGGUUCAAGGUGGUCCGGGCCCGAACCAACGGUCCAUGCCCCCUCCGCCAUCCGGAGCGGCGGCCGCGGUUGCCGCUAAUGCCCGCAACACUACGGCGUCGCCCCAGGUCAGCAAUGCCGCGCCUCCGACUCCGCAACUAGCGACCAAGGCCGGAGCCAAGAAGAAGGAAACCAAGGCCACCAAGGCCAAGGCUGCUGCCCAGAAAAAGAACAACCCAAACCUGAACAACACUGCCGCCGCCGCCGCCCCCGAACAACCAGAAGGUCCUCAAGAAGGUCCAACGCCCGCAACUCCGAUCACGCCCGUCAACCCAGCAAGCUUUGCGAAGAACCAAAACGUGAACGCUGGCCAGGUCGUCGCCAACGGACAGCCUCCAGCACCAGCACCCCAGCAACAGGCGGCUCCUCUACCUCCGCCCUCCCACGCGGAUCCCAACCAGGCUACCAACUUCCUCGAAACUGGCGGAAUGGUGAGGACCGGCGUGCCCCUGUUUAUGCGGUUCGCGAGCGACAAUGUGCUGACAGACUUCGACUUCGACUCGUUCCUACAAGACGGCACCGGCGCGGGAGAGGGCGCGUUCGAUUUGGGCUUUUCAAUGGAGCCGGACACCACGAUUGGGGCAACGGAGUAG